AUGGCAAAGCGAAGUUGUGAUAUUAAUAAUGUGUAUAAAGAAAUUAGUACGAUUAAUAACUAUUUUAGUGAGUAUGAGGCAACAAGUGGAGUAAUAGUUCAAACAAAUAAUCCAUCAAUCAACAAAUAUUGUCAUUACGGAAACAACUCAGGAAAUGGUAAUUGCAAUAAUGAUUAUUUUCGAAAGGCUAGUUCUGGUGUUAUUUAUUUGCUAAAAAAUUUAAAGGAUAAAUGUGAUUUAGAAUAUGAUAAAAUUGCCGAAUACGCCAUUUUAUGGUUAAGCUAUAAACUACAUAAAAAGCCCAAAAAUAAUUUUACCAAUUUAAACGAAUUUUAUACUAAAUAUAUAGUAAAUAAUAAUGAUUAUAAUAAGGUAAUAAAUGAUAAUGAUAGCAUGACUUAUAAAGACAUUAUAGAUAAAAAUAAAGAUUUGAUGAAUAUUAAAGAAAUAUCUAAAUUUUAUGAAGCAUUUAAUAUAUUAUUUUCAUCCUAUAAUUUAAUUAAUGCAAACAAAUUGGAUUGCACAAAACAUUCGAGUUAUGCUAAAAAUUUUGCUGAUAAAUUUAAAGACCUCAAUAAUGAUUCUAAUAAUAUAAAAGACAGUCCAUUUAGUCAAAUAUUGUCUACAUUAUCAGGUGAUUAUAACAAUUUAAAAAAAAUAUAUCAUGACAAAGAUAAAUCUUGCGAUUUUCCAGAUCUUCCAAAAAUAGAACCUAAAGAAAUUUAUGUAGAAAAUUCUGGAAAAGAUUCUGAAAAAAGUUCUGGACAAUUAUUGGGGGACACUUUUGAAGUUACAUCAUCAAGUUCGUCGAUAUUAAACACAGUAAUUCCAGGUUUAUCGACAUUUUCUGUAAUACCAGUUUUCUUGGGAGUUGCUUAUAAGACAAUAUUUAAGAAACAAAUUAAAAAAACUAAAGAAGAAAAUGAAACUUAA